GGCGCGGUAGAAACGGCGGUGUCCUCCAUUUUGAAAUCACUGUUGGAGUUGAUCCUGAGUGAGACUUUGAGGGUGGACCACUCUGCGGACAUUAGUCUUUAUAUCACACCUUGGUGACCUUAGUUGCGCUAAACGGAAUACACGUCACUCAGUGUGCUUUUUUACCUGUGACUCCAGCAGAAUAGUGAUAACUUAACCGUUAUGGCGACUCAGACACCGAGCCGUGAAGCCGUCCGCACGGCGGCCUCGACUCCUCUGUCCCCCACCAGGAUCUCCAGGCUGCAGGAGAAACAGGAUUUACAGCACCUGAACGACAGGCUGGCCGUCUACAUCGACCGUGUGCGGUCAUUGGAGCUGGAAAAUGACCGGCUGAUGGUCAAAGUGUCUGAGAAAGAGGAGGUGACCACGAGAGAGGUGAGGAGAGAAAUAAAUAAAUAAAGUGCACAUGUAUUCUCUGCCGAAAAUACCUAGGUUUAGGUCCUCAACUCAUCACAGAAUUACAGACACGUUCAGUUCAGAGUUAGACUUCAGUUCAACAAUAACACCUGUAUGUUUAUUAUGUAACUAUCCCUAAAUAGUUUAGUCUGGAAGUACUUUGGCAGUUGGCCAAUAAGAGCAAACUUCUGACUUAUGUUUUUUGUAAAUCAGACUUAUAUUUUUUUCCGUAUGUAUGGAAGACACUCUCUCCUACCUCUAUCAAACUAACUUGUGUUUUUAGUUAUGUAAACACCGACUCAGAUGCAGUGUGACCGGGUGUGUGUGCGCGCCAAUUUAUUGAAUGUCAUCCGGUGUUCGUAGCGCUACUCUUACUAUGUCUGAAUACAUCAGCACAAAGGCUAUUAUUCUUGAAAUUAAAGGGUGUGUAGGCAAGAUAUAAAGUUAAGCUUCAAUAUAAUGUGACUUCAUAGAUGGUGAAUGUGGUGGUUGUUCCAAAUAUCCGCCCCGUUUCCUUGGUAGAAAGAAUGAAUAACUGCAUACAAUGUAAUGAGUAUUAUAUAGAUGAGCUUGCUUUCUAGAUCCUUUUUUUAACCACGCUGUAAAGCUUUGAACUCUCUACAAAGUGCCUAUAAAUGUUGAAGAUGCAGGGUUGAUAUGUAAAUGAAGAAGAGAGUUGGUAACCUUUUGCAAGUUGUAAUUGUCAGGAAAGUCAAGAAUCAAACAAUGUUGUUCUGGGUAUGAAAGUCUGCGUCUAACUCUGCAGCUGUGAUGAGUGGUGGGAAAUUCAAUCAAACACUUAAUUCUUGCGAUUUUGUGCUUUUGAAUGCACAAAGUGUAAUCACCAUUCAUGUUAGUCUGGUGAUGCUCAGUCACUUCUUGCUCUAAACUGUGGUCCAUCCCUUUACUGAAUAAGGGAUCGAUAUUUUUUGGAUGGUUUUGAGUUUGUUGAUGUACUUUAGACUGUUUCCUUUCAUUAUCACCCUCAGGUCUGGAUUACAAUUAUUGAUAUAUGGGGGUGUUUACAUGACAUGACAGGGCUUGACACUAACUUUUUAGUAGGAAGUACUAAAGUAAGGAGCACACAAAGAACUUGAGGGGCACAAUGAAAAUUGAUCAAAUAAUGUUUGUCUUAUUGGUCGACAUAAGUACUAUUAUUUGAAAUCAAUUUUCUUUCAAUUGGUCAACUGACACUGAAGCUAUUGAAGAAAACAGCCUUUUUUGAGAACAUCAACAGGUAAUUUAUUCAACAUCCGAAGUUGACAGCGAGGAUGCCGAGUAGAUUUAGCCAUGCUGCUAUUCCGGGAUAUGGAGUGUGAGAAGACACCAGUAGAUUCACAGUGAAUUUCUGUCGAAUAUCUAACAUAAAACUUACUUUGUCGCAGUAUUUGCAUGAGGAAACAUUUGUUGCCUCAGCUAAUUUUUUUUAUUCACACAUGUGCCCCUAAAUACAUUUUAAAGUUCGCACACAUCUAUUUUAGCCGCAAAUGUGAGUGAAACGGUCGCACUGUCGAGCCCUGCGUGACUGUAGUCCAGAGUCUGAAAUGAACUGUUUCACUCACCGGCCAAUGUGACCCACAGUCUGCCAGUUUAUGGGUUACAAAGAAAAUUAUGUGAACUGAUGGCUACCAUGAGCCCCUCCACUUACCCUUAUAUACUCAGAUAUUUGAAUAAGUAUAGUAAAAAAUUCUUACAUGGACAUUAAAAGCCACCUGCGUGUAACACUGCUCUGUGUUACGCUUCUCUCUCUCUCUCUCUCCUAAUUCUCUUCACACUGCAGACAGUGCACUCUUUCACAAUGCCCAAUCACUGUGAAAUUACUAUGACAGAGUAUUAGGGCCACAUUCAAGAAAAAAUAUUAAAGCUUUAAAAAAAAUUACAUAAGAUUUAAGACAUUAUUAUGUUAAGAGAUUAAUUCUGUUGUGAAAAAGAGGUUUAUUUAGUCAAUGAUUGGCCACAUGGAGCUCUUUUACUGCUUACAUUUCAUCACAAGCAGCAGUUUGAACAAAUCAUUCAGUCUUUUGGUAUUACGUCAAGGCGUAGAUUUGUAUUUUAUUAUGAUGUGAAUGACGUCUCUCACUUGUUUGCUCAUUAGCACUCAUUCACACUUGUGAUCUUCUCCCUGCUCUCCUCUCUCGACCCCUGACUGCCUGAUAGUUUGUACUGCUGCUGCCCAUCCUGUUGAAGACACAGCUGUCCACCAUUAAUCUUAGAGGGAGCUGUAACCUCUUUGUUCACUGCAUCUGCUUAUGAUGAAGCAAAAGUGCGAGCUGUUUGAGGAGAGGGGCUGUGCCCACACUCUGCUGUCAAGACAGAGAGGGAGGGUGCGCUUUAUUCAAUGAAUGGGACGCAUGGGAAGGCAAUGCUGCAUGUGGCACAAUAUUGUUUUCUAUCUCUUAAGCUCUUGAAUGAUAAUGUUUAAAGUUAAGUCAUUCAGAUUCCAACACAGAAGCAGCAGGUGACUGUCUAACUUGAUUCAGUUCGACUCAAGGUUUCUGCCUGUUGAAAGGAAAUUUUGUCACGCCAUCUGCUAAUCACUGAAAAGCGCUCGGUUCAUGGUGGAUUAAGUUAGGAUGAGAGUGGGUCUUGUUUUACUAGAUGAGACUGAGGCUUAUCCUGUCUAGAUGUCAGGUCUCUGUAAAUAAUGAAACCCAUAAAUAGCUUGAGCUUCAAGUAACGUUGAGCUGGUCUUGUGAAGAAGCCGCACAGCUUGAUUUUACUGCAAAGCUUCCGUAAGAGAACGGGGAAAAUCGGUCACGCACAGACCAACACUGCCUGAAGUGUAAGAUCACUUACCCUGAACUUUGUGCUCUGUCAAAGAAGUAACAUACAGGAGAAAAAAAACAUUUGUGUAGCAGGACGUCCAACGAUGAGGAGCUACAACAGCCACCUCUAUUAUAUAAGAAUAUAUACACCUGUAUAUUACUUUGCACUGCAUUUAGCAGCAAAAUUUGCCAAGCAUUGCUAAUACAAGAUGUAAAGAUGGUUUAAGGCAGUGGUUCUCAAUCUCAAGUCCAGUCCUCGAGGCCCACUGUCCUGCAUGUUUUGGAUGUGUCCCUGCUCCAACACACCUGAUUCAAAUGAUCAGCUCGUUAUUAAGCCAUUACAGAGCUUGAUAACGAGCUGAUCAUUUGAAUCAGGUGUGUUGGAGCAGGGAAACAUCCAAAACAUGCAGGACAGUGGGCCUCGAGGACUGGACUUGAGAACCACUGCUUUAAGAGAAAGCUGCAGCCCGGGACAAGAGCUGGUUAUUCCCUUACCUAAUGAUCUACAAGUCCAUGUUAUUUGGAAAUACAAGCUACAUGAUGCAAACAAAGUGCUCUACUUUCCAAGCAACGAUGCAGAUGAAAAUCAGUGUAGAGUAUCUUUAGAUUAAAGCCAAGUACAUCAGAUCUUUUAAGAAAGAUUGCAGAUCUAUGACACAACAGCCCAUCAGUGAAUUUUCCUUUUUCCCCUCUGUUCAUUGACAUUAUCUGAAAGUCACUCAUAUGCUAUUCUCUUUCUCCAGGUGAGUGGUCUGAAGGCUCUGUACGAGGCAGAGCUAGCUGAUGCCCGACGAGUCUUGGAUGAAACCGCAAAAGAUCGAGCCAGGCUCCAGAUAGACCUCGGUAAAGCUCAGGCCGAGCUGGAAGAAGCAACACGCAGGUAAUGGGACACCACAUAGUUAUCACUACAAUAAUUCUUGCAAUGAAAUUGACAUUUUAAUUCUAUUCUGACUGCAAGAAGCACUUAGAAAACAAUCAAACAGCACGAUUUAACACAGCAAAGAACAGAUCGAAUCUGGUGAUUGAAGCAGUGUAGCUCAGUAUACAGAAAACAACAUAGAACAGCUGGUGGUUGAUUUAAUUCUGUGACUCUUUUGGUGAACAAGCAACAUGAUGAUACAGUUUGGGUUUUUGCAGGUUCACCUGUGUUUAGUAAACGAUGUUUCACUUUGCUGUGGUGUAACCUUCAGACAGGGUUAGCAGCUAUAAGUCCAGUUGUUGUCGAUGAGGAUCAGGGAGAGGCCAUUGGAUCAUGUCUGUGUGUAUGAUAAAUCCACAACCAGGGAGUAUUUGUCACUGGUGCGAUCUGAUAAACAGUCGGGAUGCUUUAUUUUUGAAUUUAGCGGAUGACAUGCCUCGGUCCUGUGCUGGUUCAGCUUGACUUGUGCUUGAGCAGAGCAGGGCAGAGAGACACUUGGCAUCUUGGCAUUUCCUGUGUAACACGCAGUACUGACUCAAAUGGGAACGUACUUGCUGUUUGAUAUGCAGCGCUUAGACGGGCCAUGACACACUUCCUGUGGGUUUUAGGCUUUUGGUAUGAACCAAUAACUGGUUUCGGAUCAGAACCAGUUUAAACUAGUUGAAGACAUCCACAGUAUUUGUCUUUGUCGUUCCCUUGGUGAUGCCAGUUGACAGGGGAAUUGAUAAAGAAUUGAGUCAAUAAGCAGAAAUGAUGAAGACAUCUGUAUUAGUAAAAACCACCUGUGGUUGAUAUUCAGUAUUUUAGAAAAUCAAAUCAUUUAAAUGUAGUCAUCAGAAAAAUUGACUCUGAUAGACUCAUAAAGUCAUGGCAGUAAGAUCUAGAUCAGUUUGAACCGCACACAUACGUUAUAUUGUACCAACUUGACUAAAGACGCAUUUUUCCCAGAGGAAUCAACACGUCAACAUGCUGUUCAAAGUUAAGACCUAACUCUAUAAAGUCCAGCAUCUGAAAAAACACACUCAGCCAGCGUGCUGCAGUCACUUUGAGAAAGUGGCUGCAAGGUGGCUCACACAUGCAAAGUGCCACGCUUUCACCCUCCACCACACAAGUCUGUCCUCUGUGUGAGGUCCAGGUUUUUCAGCUGGUAGCCCUUUAGCUCAAUCCUCACUCUUGCCUUGGUUUGUUAGGUGCUGGUUUUCUGACAGUUUGAAUAAAGCAGUUCGUUUGCUAAAUCAGGUCCCGACAUUCCCAUAUAUAUGCUCAGUACAUGAACAAUCACACAGAGUGCAUACCAAUCAGGCCGCCCUCUUAAAGGGAUGAUCCUUGUCAAGAUGAAAAAAUAAUAUGAUCCCUUGGAUGUGAAAAUAUGAGAACUUGUUUGUAAAUAUGCUCCAAUCAAUCCGUUAAAACGUUGAAAACUGUGUGUUUUAAUAAUAUAGUAUUUUAUUAUUAUGAAAAGAAAAGACCGAAAAGAAAUGCCGCCAAAAUGUUGGUGAAUAUUUCUCAUUCUGUGGCGGGAUUUCUGACAGACCUCUGAACUGUUUUUUUUUUUUUUUUUUUUUUUUUGGAGGGUAAAUUGUUUAUUGUUUCUGUGACAUGUAGCCAUGGUUACGGAAAGUUACAUCCCUUUUUGAUGACUUAACAAAAAACCCCACCACCACAACCAAAACCACACACACGCGCAAGCACACUAAAAAAAAAACUUCCCCCUACACCAGUGGCUAAGUGUUUGGUAAUUCUGGUGCCAUCUGAAAAGAGUUAUGAGGAUCAGUCAUUUACUCACAUAUUUCAAAUAGUUUGAAAUCAGAUUAUUGUUAAGGCGGGAAAUCUCACUUAUGCCCCUCCAGUGGGUGGACUUUUAUCUUUUCAUCUCUGUAUCUCUUCGGUAAAGACAAAAAAGUAUUUAAAAAAAAAAAAGAAAGACUGAGAGAGAGAGUAAAAGUUGAAGAGACAUUUUUCAGAAACAGCUGCUCACGUCUCUUCCUGUUUCUACAUUCCAGUGUCAAGAAGAAGGAGAGCGAUCUUGCCGCAGCGCUGUCCAGGGCCAGCGGUUUGGAAAGCCAGCUGAACAAAAGUGAAGCAGCCCUUUCCACAGCUCUCGGUCAGAAUACCUCUCUGACCUCUGAGCUGGCCGAUGUCAAGAGCUUACUGGCCAAGGUGCGUAUUACAGGGUGUUUCCACUGAGUGAAAGGGAGGGGAGAAAAAAAGAGUAAAAUGUUAAUAUCUAAUGAAAAUGUAAAACCUCAAAUCAAAUUAAGCUGGGACGUCCCGUAAAAUGUGAAUCAAAACAGAAUACAGUCAUUUUAUCAUCCUUCUCCACCUAUAUUCAAUAAAAUAGUCAUUUAGCAGGAUCAGUGGGAAAAAAACUAAAACUUUGAACUUUUUAAAAAGACUGUUUAUUAUCUUGAAAGAGUAUGUCGAUGAUUUCAGGUUCUGUCCCCACAGCUUUAUGAUGGGCUAACAGGCUUUACUUCUAUCAACGUUUGCAUGUGAUCAUAUAUCAAAUUGUUUAACCCGUUUUUAUAGGCAGAGGACAGCCAUGCUGUUGCUAAGCGCCAGCUGGAGGCAGAGACCCUGAUGCGUGUAGACUUGGAAAACCGCUGCCAGUCACUGAGUGAAGAUCUGGAGUUCAGAAAGAGCAUGUUUGAAGAGGUACGGUGUUUAUAUAAACAGAAGAAAAUGAUAAAGAUGAUGAUGUUUUUUAGAAUCUGAUGUGAUCAUGUCAAUCAAGUCAGACAGGGAGUAAUUGUACUCUAACUCGAUUAUUCAUGUUGUAGUUCAAGACUCAAGAGUGACACGAAUGUUGAUCUCUGUCUGUUCAGGAGAUGCGUGAAUCCCGACGUCGACAGGAGGAGAGAAUAGUCGAGGUGGACUCAGGAGUUAGACAGGACUAUGAUUUCAAACUGUCCCAAGCCUUGCAGGUAUGUUUCUGUGGUCAUUUCAUGUCAACAUUGGGCAAAAGAAACACAACACAUACGCAUAUAGCACACAGAUAAAAGUGAACACAUCAAAUACACCUUACAUUUACCUUGUAACCUGAUCGAGGUGUUGUCUGUCAAUUUUUUGUAAAUUUAGUAUACAAAUCUGUUCUUUUUAUAUUUAUGUGUUGCAAGUCUUUAAAGGUCUUAAAGUGUUGUAAAUCAAGUGAUCAAACCUGUCAGUACACAGUUUUGAAUCUCAUUUCACCACAAGAGACUUGAUUAAGAAUUGACCAGUUUUGUGUUAUUCAACAGGACCUAAGGAGGCAGCAUGAUCAACAGGUUUCUCUUUAUAAGGACGAACUGGAGCACACUUUCCAGGCCAAGGUGAGACACGAUACUUUCUCUAAUUUCUUUCUCGUGACAAUCAGAGUCUCGUACAAAUCCUCUAAGGCAGUGGUUCUCAAGUCCAGUCCUCGAGGCCCACUGUCCUGCAUGUUUUGGAUGUUUCCCUGCUCCAACACACCUGAUUCAAAUGAUCAGCUCGUUAUCAAGCUCUGUAAUGGCUUAAUAACGAGCUGAUCAUUUGAAUCAGGUGUGUUGGAGCAGGGAAACAUCCAAAACAUGCAGGACAGGGGGCCUCGAGGACUGGACUUGAGAACCACUGCUCUAAGGUGAAAAAGUCACUCAAUAGUUCAGAAACUUUGAAGUCCACAACUCAGCCAAAGUGCCCACCUUAUUCUACUCAUCAGAGAUUUGUAGUUCAUCACCUGAUAUGCACUUGGUUUAGCUGCAGACAUUUGGAGGGCAUAAGUAGGACCCUUUCUUACAUGUAGCGUGUCUCCCUCCAGUUGGAUAAUGCAAAGGUGUCCUCCGAGAUAAAUGACAAAGCUAUGAGCACCGCCCGGGAGGAGCUGCAGGAGUCCCGCAUGAGAAUAGAGACUCUUGGACAUCAACUGAGUACACUGCAGUCACAGGUAAAGUAUGAUUACACCUUUGCACACUCCCAUCUUUAGGUCUUUGUCAUCUUUUACCGUUCAGGUCCUUGGACCAUCAAGCCUCAGUAAUUCUCCCGCUUCUCAGCCUCACCAACGGCCUGUUAUGCUGAUGGUUGUGUGUGUUUGUGUGUAUUUAAAGCUGGCCACCGCAGAGGAUCGCAUCAGGGAGCUGGAGGAAAUUCUUUCAGCCGAGCGAGACAAGCAUCGUCAUGCCAUGGAAGCAAAGGAACAAGACAUGAGUGAAAUGAGAGACAGGAUGAACGCCCAGCUCAGUGAAUACCAGGAACUACUGGACGUGAAGCUCGCUCUCGACAUGGAGAUAAACGCUUACAGGAAACUGCUGGAGGGAGAAGAGCAUAGGUAACGCACACUGUUGCAGGCCUGGGAUUUACUACUAGAAUCAUUAUCAUUUUAUUAACUUAUUCACCUAUUUUCUCAGAUUCUUAUUAAAUUGGGAAGAAACUAAGGUCAGGUCCUGCUGUGUCAUAAAGCUGUAGAGAAAUACUGACUGCUGGUGACUGUUGUUCUUUCAGGCUGAAGCUGACCCCCAGCCCCUCAGGGCGAGUCACUGUUUCGAGGAUAACGGGAUCUUCCUCCUCCCGUACGUCCAAGAGAAAGAGAGUGGAGAUUGAGGCUCAGGAUGUGUCCGAAAGAGGAGAAGGGCAGCUGCUGGUCUCAGAGGAGGCCACAGCUAGUGGGGCAGUGACCAUAUCACCAACUGACAUGGAUGGAAACGCAGUCACACUGACCAAUGACACUGAGCAGGUGUGGAAGUCUGAACGAACACAGAAACAUAGUUAUUUAUAGUCUAAAGUUUUUCAGAAGAACAGCAGUAGGUGAAAAAAAAAUCAAUUAUAAGCGCUCCAAGUUUGUCAAUGCAGUGAGUCCACACGAGUCUCUGGGUAAUUGAAUAGAUCUCUUUGUAAAACCUAUGUGUGAUGAUGAUUUGGUCAGUUAUGAAAUGUGCUCCCUUUAUUUUUUUGAGCAGUGUUUAGUUCAGUAAUAGUUGCUGUUAUGUUUGUCUUUCUGUCAUGCAAAUUCCCUCUGAAGUAUCUAUUCAACAAGUCGCCAGACACAAACCCACUCGGACCCCUAAUUAGACAUGAGUCACCUCAGCUGUUGAUUAAUUACUCCUGCUUUCUACCAAUCUUAUGUAUUUUAUGCUUCUUUACUCUUUGCAGGACCAGCCUUUAGGUAACUGGAGGUUAAAAAGACUGGUGGACGACAGUGAAGAGAUAGUCUACAAGUUCUCCCCAAAGUUUGUACUCAAGGCCGGACAGACAGUAACGGUAAGAAACACCAAAGUGUCAGACUAGUGACAAGUACGUCGUAAUAGUAGAAAAAUAUGAUCACAAUUAUUUUGAUUAAUAUUGGGUCACACACUAAAAACUGUCUGAAUAUGUAAACAAACUUUUUUAUACAUUUAAUUAUGAAUGGUGGAGGCCUGCCACUGGAAAUGACCAGCAGCAGCUGACAUAAGAUUCUGAGUAAAUGUCACGAUUCAUUCUAGGAUGAGGAAGUUUUGUGAGUGAUGUGUCGAUGUGUUUGAGUUGGGGUUGCUUCUUAACAUUUUGCAGACCCCGGGGAACGGCUGUUGCCGUCUUUCUUCUCUAAUACGGGAAACCAAAGAGUCUCGCCCACCACCCACAAAGAAAAAAGGCCUUUUUAACCUAAUUAACGUCUUGACCUUGUCUGCAUGUAUACAGGUGUGGUCCGCUGAUGCUGGUGUGGCCCACAGUCCACCAUCUGACUUGUUGUGGAAGAGCCAGGCUUCCUGGGGCACUGGAAACAGCAUGGUCACCACUUUAGUCGAUGUUGAUGGCGAGGUAAUUACUUCCAUGCAGAACCAGUUGACCAGACUCUUUCUUGAUUCGGUGCACAACUGCAAUGUUGAAUGCUUGUCCAAUUUAACAACACUUGAGCCUCAAACUGUGAGACAACAUGAGUCACGUGUGCUAAUUUACUGUCAUGCAGGAGGUGGCCAGAAGGAGUGUAACCAAAACUCAGGUGGAGGUAGAAAAUGGAGAGGAUGAGGAAGAAGUGGCAGAAACGGUUAGUAUACUUGUUUUCUUUCUUGCCUUUUUUUGCCCUUGUGACGCAUGCAGAAACUUUUGUUAGUACUGUGUCCUUUUUUUUCUCCAAACCAAUUACACAUUGUUGAUUCUCCGUGUUUUUGAUUGUACAGAUGGUUUCAGAAGUCAUCUCUGAUUUAUGGAUUUCGUCUUGCUUUUCCUACAGGGCAAGGUGUCUUCCAGAGAAUGUGCCAUCAUGUGAAGCCUUCAACUCGUGCUAUUUCAUCAUUUUAUUCUUCUAUCAUGGAGCGACUCAGAAACAAUUGUGUCCAUUGAGUCAACAUUUGAUGUUUUACACUCCAAGACAGUAUCAAACCUUUUGGACUAAGAGCCUGUGUAGCUCCCUCCCCAAGUUUAAAUAAUUUUUUUUUUACCCUAACGUCUCAUCAUCUUCCAUCAUCAUCUAUCAAAGGUGAUAGAUCUAAAUUUACAGUCAAACUUGGAGAUUGCAGAUGGACUUCAGCAGCAGUUCACAUCAGUUACCUUUAGUCGGCUACAGUUCGUUCUUCUGUAGCAAGUCGUCUGAUUUCAUCCCGUGUACACAGUAGAUGCAAGUGUCACGUGCUGCAAAAAAAUCUACUAAACACUAUUUGAGUCCAAGAAUAUCUGUAUAGUGUUUCUAUAUAUUUUUUUCUACCAAGCGUUGAAUACUGAAGGAGAGUUCUUGAUUAGACUUCAGCUUUGUUUUUCUUCUUAUCCAGAGUCUCGGACUUUGAGCGUCAGGAAAUUUAGAAUUACAGGCUGAUGGAAAAACCUGUGAAAGUUACUAGUUCUUAUGCUACUGUGUUUGGAAAACUGGUUCCUCUAGUUCGAGGCACAAAUCCACUACUGAUUCGCAGCUUGAUAGUAGUUGUUGGACUUGAUAGGUCAGACCACCAGAAAUAAUCUUUGAGUAAACUCGGUCAUUACAUGGACUCUAGUUACAUUUUACUAAUGCUCUCCCCUCUUUCCUGUCCUUUCUUAUCUUAUCUUAUCGAGCCUUUGUUUUAUGAAAAAUAUAAGCUCAUUUUUUUGGCAGCACCACGUUUCAAGUCAGUUUUUGAAAAUACUGAAAAAGUUGUGCUGCUUAAAAAAACGUCAAGAGGCAUUGGCUUUCCCAUUUAAGCCCCAGCCCCAUGUUUUCGGCUUUUUAGAGCUUGCCUCCUGGAUUUGAUUCCAGCCUGCCGCCCCUUAUUUACACGCCACUCCCCACUUUGCCCCCCAGAUUCCUGCUCUAUCUACUGUCCUGUCCUCUCAGUGGAAGCCUGAGAAACUGUCCUUGUGAAGUUGGGACGUUGUGGAAACGGGAAUAAAAACACAAAGCAGUGAUUUCAAAUCCUCUUCCACUUAUAUUGAAUUGAAUAGAACCUUUGACAUCUGAUAUCACUUAUAAAGAAGAAAAAUGGAAAUCAGUUCUCCUUGCUGCCUUUGUUUGGACUGCAGAGUAAUGCACUCACUAUCAUGGAAGAAAAAUUACUCUGAAUCUUUAAAGGAGUCUUACCUCAUGUUUCGUUGGGUUUCAGAGUAUUAAAAACCUGAAUGUUACUGUUAAAGCCAGCAGCAGUGGCCAGUUAAUAUUAGAUCAUUUAGAAAAAAACUGCAAUAAGAUGCUAAAGGCAAUUAAGAAAAGUAACAUCUAGUUAUAUUUCGAGUAAAAGCAGUAAAAUACCGUAUAAUUAAGUUGUUGCUUAAAAUCUUACAAGAUAUUUACAUUAUGAACCAGGACUGGGUUGUAAGAUGGGCAUAAAGUUGUCUGAGUUAGAAGAUUUGCAUGGAGGGGGAGAUAAAAACAAAACCGAAACUGUAAUUGGCAACAAGAUUUUCUGAAACUGUACUGCUAAUUAGUUUUUCAUCAUAUUAAAAGCAAAAACCACUCUGUGAACACACUUCCUGUGUGAGACAGUGGGUGUGUUUGUAGUUUCAUGGGUGUAGCACACUGUUCGUUAGUACGUGUGAUUUCUGAUGUUGGAGUCACUGAGUUUCCGGCUGGUUUCUAAUGAGGCAGACUGGCCCAUGUUUACUAUUCUUACUUGGUGUGAGUGUAACGUAAAUCUUUGGCCCAGUCCUCAGGUUUUUCCAUUGGCCUUUUGUACCCCUGCAAAUAGUCGUGUCACCAGAAACUGAGGUCUUCACAAAAAGCCUUCCAAGCUGGAGAAAGUUUUUAAACACAGCGUCAAAACUUGAUUCACGCGUGGCAAAUGUCUUCAUGCGUUGGGCGUGUGUGAAGUCAGCAGGCUGCCAGCUGGUUGAACUUCAUGUUUGCAGGGAUAGCUCGCCUUUCUUCAUCAGCGUACCUCAUUGCAGGCGUGAUAAAUCUGUCAGGCUCAGUAACUUUAUUUUAAUCACUCCGUACAAAGAUUAAAGAUUACUGUUUGCAGUCGCAGAAGACUCUCAGCAGGUGUAUUUUUUACUGCUCUUAUACAAGAGCAGCUGUCUGUCUUUGAGUGUGAAAUAUAACAUUAGAUUACAGUGAACGGCCAAAGCAACACUUGAUAGAUGAAUGAUAAAUAUUAUAGUGGAUGAAAUCGACCCCCACCAUAUCUUCAGUUUUCUACAAGUGUGCCCACAGCUCAGUGGGCCAUUUGAGGAACUUUGAUUUUCUUGUGCGUCUUCAUGCUGUUCUUUUAGGCUCUUCUAUAACUGCUAGAUGUUUGUCUUUAGACUUUUGUCAAUGUAAUCAAUUUGUCAACAUGAAAUACUAUAUUCAUUAUUUUUCUGUAGGAUUUCUUGGAUGAUAACAUUGGGAGUUGCUGUCCUCAAUAGAAGGCUCUGGGAUUAAAUGUUACUGAAGACUGUAGAUUAAAAGUACAAAUUUUGAUAUUGAGGGGGGUCGGACUAUCUGUGACUUUUAUAAACCGAUCUGACUACUCUUAGGAACAGAAAUACUAUUGUGGAAUUUCUGCCCCUCCAGGAUUGGAUCAACCUUUAAUCCGACCUCCUCAAGGAAUACAGAAUCAGCAAAUAAUUUAAUGAUUUUUACGAACCUUUUAAACUAAGAAAAAGGUUAAAAGGGGAUUUUAAUCGGGGUUGUAUUCAUCACGUUAUUUAUAAGUGUGCUAGCCACAACGGAUGCAGGUCAGUUCUGCCCUUUUUCACGAGAAGUUGAUGAGGAACAGACAGCUAGGUUACAGGGUUUUUUUAUUUUUAAGGCGUAGUUGGUCGGCAUCCAUUGUAGCUAUUGCAUGUAUAAGUGACAUGUUACUCAAACAACUCUACUUCAAAAACACUGACAUAUUCCUUGAAAUGCUAGUCUUACUUAUUAGUCUACUUUUAUGGGAAAUCCAGAAGGGUUGACUUCUUUUUAACCAAAUAUGGACAUUUGCCUUUUGUUACAUACCAGUAUGCGAUGAUAUCAGGACUUUGUGUUUAACCUUUUCUCCUGGGGACUGUGAAACAACAGCCUGAAAAGUCCUGAUACAUUGCAGGUACAACUGUUACAGUUCAAGUUUUAGCCACCGUUUUGAGUGGGUGGGCGGGUGGGAGGUCAGUUUUCAUUUGUUUUACUGUGGAGCAGCUUUUUGUACACAAUAAAUGUUUUACAUAUACAAAACUGA